CUCCAUUAACUUCUAAAAGGUCCCAAAUCAAAUCACUAUUCCAAACCUGUUCUACCUCAAUAUUCUUUUUUCUUUUUACCCACAUCACGCAAAGCACAUCUUUGCCAAGAUGCCGCCCAAGAGAAAGGCUUCGGCGAAUGUGUCAGGGCCCUCCAAAUCGAGGAGAGCCUCUACAGCCUCUACUCCCGGUCCUUCCACUCCUCGAUCCAUCGGUAGUAACGAUGACUCGGAUUCCGCGGAAGAGCUGCCACCCGAAAACGAGGAACAGAUACAAAAAGCUGUAGAUCGCUUUUCGCUCGCGACAUUCCGAGACAGGGCAUCACACGAAGAGGACUGGACUUCGAGAAGAUUUUUUAGAGAUGGCAGGCGUGAUUUCUCAUAUUUGCCGCUGAAACCCGACUUCAAGAACCGCCCUAUCUGGAUAGACCCUCAGAGAGGGCGAAUUAUCCUAGAGAACUUCAGUACCUUAGCCGAACAAGCGAAAGAUUUCCUUAUUACCGUUGCCGAACCUUUGUCGCGUCCAACAUUCAUCCACGAGUAUGCUCUUACCAGCCACAGUCUAUAUGCGGCUGUAUCGGUUGGAUUACAGCCACGAGACAUCAUCAAUACCUUGGAACGUUUCUCUAAGACUCGUGUCCCGGAAUCGAUUAUAGGCUUCAUUGGAAGUUGUGCUUCUAGUUACGGGAAAGUGAAGCUGGUCAUCAAGGAUACGAAAUACUUCGUCGAGAGCACUGAUCCCGAAGUCUUGCAGAAGUUAUUAAAAGAUCCUGUUAUUGGGCCAUGCCGUGUUCAAGGUACCGAGACAGUCACCAGCGCCCCUUCUAUGGGCGGUUUGGUCAUUCCCGGUACCUCCAAUGCCGCAGGAGUAAAGCAAGCACAGCUCAAGAAGGAUGAGAAUACGCAGCAGGAAUCGACCGAACCAGCACAAGUCCAAAACCCCUAUGACGCUUUACGAGAAGACGACGAUGAUGACAACCAGGAGGCCGUGCACGCGUUUCAGAUCGAAGACUCUUCCAUCGAGGUCGUUCAGAAGCGCGCUUUAGAAAUCCAGUACCCCAUGUUAGAAGAGUAUGAUUUUCGCAACGAUGACAAGAACGCGAACCUCGAGAUUGAUCUACGACCCGCUACACAAAUUCGAAGUUACCAAGAGAAAAGUCUUAGCAAGAUGUUCGGAAACGGGCGAGCGAAGAGUGGUAUUAUUGUGUUACCUUGUGGUGCCGGCAAGACCUUGGUUGGCAUUACGGCCGCAUGUACAAUCAAAAAAGGAUGCAUUGUUCUCUGUACUAGCACAAUGUCGGCGAACCAAUGGCGCAAUGAGUUCUUGAAAUGGUCCAACAUCAGACCCGAAGAUAUUGCCCUCUUCACAUCGGAUCAUAAGGCGAAGUUCCCUGGUAAUACCGGGAUAAUUGUCACGACGUAUCCUAUGGUGACGAAUUCGGGCAAGAAACGGGCUCACGAUUCGGAGAAGGUCAUGAAGUUCCUGAGAGAGAAAGAGUGGGGUCUAAUGUUGCUAGACGAGGUUCACGUAGUACCUGCCGCCAUUUUCCGCAAGGUCUCGCACUCGAUCAAGAGCCACGCGAAACUUGGCCUAACUGCAACACUCCUACGAGAAGAUGACAAGAUCUCCGAUCUGAACUUCCUCAUUGGUCCAAAAUUAUACGAGGCAAACUGGAUGGAAUUAUCAGAACAAGGCCACAUAGCCAAGGUUCAGUGUGCUGAAGUCUGGUGUUCGAUGACGGCCGAGUUCUUUGACGAAUUCAACCGACAAAAGAAGAAUCGGAGUCUCCAACAGAAUCUAUACGUCAUGAAUCCGCGCAAGAUCCAAGCCUGCCAGUUUUUGAUCGAUUACCACGAGAAACGAGGGGACAAGAUUAUUGUCUUUUCUGACAAUGUCUACGCCCUUAGGUCCAUCGCCGUGACUUUAGGAAAGGCUUUUAUCUGUGGAUCUACGUCUAACAUGGAGCGUAUGGAAGUUUUAGAAAACUUCAUGCACAAUCCCGAGGUCAAGACUAUUUUCUUGUCAAAAAUCGGUGAUACAUCUCUGGAUCUUCCGGAAGCGACUUGUCUAAUCCAAAUUUCGUCUCACUAUGGAUCUCGUCGUCAGGAAGCGCAGAGACUAGGCCGUAUCCUUCGAGCGAAACGUAGAUCGGACGAGGGAUUUAACGCGUUUUUUUACUCAUUAGUCUCAAGAGAUACACCUGAAAUGUACUACUCAACUAAGCGACAGGCUUUCCUGGUAGACCAAGGUUACUCUUUCAAAGUUAUCACGCAACUGACAGGGAUUGAAGAGAUGCCGGGCCUUGUUUACAAAACGGCACAGCAGCGUCGCGAACUACUCCAGACCAUCGUGAUUGACACAGAGUCUAAGAAAGAGACCGAAUGGGACGAUGUCGCGGAUGACCUAUUCUAUGGGCCCGGGAUCAAGAAGAAAGGUCGCUUCAAGCGUACGGCUGGCGAGCUGGUUGAACUUAGUGGUGGAAGGGAUAUGGCAUAUAUUGAGCAGAGGAAGGGAAACAAAGGGCUCAAGAAGAAGCCGGCGCAGAGCAAUGCCUUCUUCAAGAAGAUAUCCAGAGAAAAAGAACGAUUGAAAAAUCAGCGCUAGGUGAAUUGCGCACGGUACUGUGUAAGAUAUGGAUCGGGAGUACGAAAACGGGGGGACGGCGUCAAUGGGCAUUUCGAGACUGUAUGGGGAGCGAAUAUACCCCAAAAGAACAACAACGAGUUUCAGUGCAGGUUAGGCAGGUGGCUUUAUUCCUUGGUAAGCUACCUACACAGAUGGUCUGAUGGGGUAUCGUCCUUGGUGCUGCCUCCAACAUAGACGGCUACCUACGUAGUCGACGUGUACUCAAAUUUAGGUACUUUAUCCGGGCGUACUAUAGUAGCUUAGUGUUUCCAGCACAAUGGACAGAUGCACCAUCCCAC